GCUCUGCGGCACAACACGGAAGUGCCAUGGCGGCGGCGGCGGAGGAGGCGGCGGGAAGCGGCGGUGGGUCCCCGGCCUCCGCCCGGCGGCGGCUGCGCAUCAUCUCCGGGCACCUGCGGGGCUCGCCGCGGGCUGCGGGGCAGGAGGCGCUUUCCCCGAGCCCCUGCAAGGCGCAGGGCGGCUCCGCCGGGCCGGCCGCAGGUUCCAUCCCCAAGAAACGACAAGAAAUUCUGAAGUGGAAUGGAUGGGGAUAUAAUGACUCCAAAUUCAUAUUCAAUAAGAAGGGUCAAGCAGAAUUCACAGGAAAGAGGUACAGAUUAGGUGGUAUGGUAUUACCAACUUUUAAAGAAUGGAUAGAAAAAACCUUUGGAGCAAGUCUGGAGCACAAAACUACCUCUAGAGCAUCUUUAAAUGUUAAUGAUGUACCUCCAUCUAUUGUAAAUGAAGAAUUUCUUCAGGAUCUUAGAGCCACUAAAAUCUCAUAUUCACAGGAUGCUGAAGAUAGGGUAUUCAGAGCUCAUGGACACUGCCUACAUGAGAUAUUUGUACUCAGGGAAGGAAUGUUUAAACGAAUUCCUGAUAUAGUUGUAUGGCCUGUUUGCCAUGAAGAUGUAGUUAAAAUUGUGGAAUUAGCCUGCAAACACAAUCUCUGCAUAAUACCGUUUGGUGGAGGAACAAGUGUCUCUAGUGCCCUCGAAUGCCCUGAAGAAGAAAAAAGAACAAUUGUCUCUCUGGAUACAUCACAAAUGAAUCGGAUUCUCUGGGUAGAUGAGAAGAACUUAACAGCGUGUGUGGAAGCUGGCAUCAUCGGACAAGAUUUGGAAAAACAGCUUUCUGAAAGUGGCUUCUGUACAGGCCAUGAACCAGACUCCAUGGAGUUCAGCUCACUGGGAGGAUGGGUAGCAACACGAGCAUCAGGCAUGAAGAAAAACAUCUAUGGAAACAUUGAAGAUCUGGUGAUUCAUAUAAAAAUGGUAACUCCAAGAGGAAUAGUUGAAAAAAACUGUCAAGUACCUCGCAUGUCAACAGGACCUGAUAUCCAUCACUUUAUUAUGGGAUCUGAAGGAACUCUGGGGGUGGUUACUGAAGUUACGAUAAAGAUUCGUCCGCUUCCUGAAUACCAGAAAUAUGGCUCUGUGGUCUUCCCCAACUUUGAACGAGGAGUGGCCUGCCUAAGGGAAGUCGCAAAGCAGAGAUGUGCUCCUGCAUCAAUUCGCCUUGUUGACAAUGCGCAGUUUCAAUUUGGUCACGCUCUUAAACCACAAGUUGCUUCCAUUUUUACAUCAUUUUUGGAUGGAUUGAAAAAAUUCUACAUCACAAAGUUCAAAGGAUUUGAUCCCAACAUACUUUGUGUAGCUACCUUGCUCUUUGAGGGUGACAGAGAGAAGGUUCUUCAGCAUGAAAAACAAGUCUAUGACAUUGCCACAAAAUUUGGUGGUUUGGCAGCUGGGGAAGAUAACGGACAGCGAGGAUAUAUGCUGACGUUUGUCAUUGCUUACCUUCGGGAUCUGGGUCUGGAUUACUAUGUAAUAGGAGAAUCGUUUGAGACAUCUGUUCCUUGGGAUAGGGUUUUAGACCUCUGUAGGAAUGUGAAGGAAAGGAUAGUAAGAGAAUGCAAGGAAAAAGGUGUUCAAUUUGCUCCCUUUUCCACCUGCAGGGUGACACAGACUUAUGAUGCAGGUGCAUGUGUCUAUUUCUACUUUGCCUUUAACUACAGAGGGAUUAGUGAUCCUAUUCAUGUCUAUGAAGAAAUUGAGAGGGCUGCUAGAGAAGAAAUACUUGCCAAUGGAGGAAGUCUCUCACAUCACCAUGGAGUAGGCAAAUUGCGGAAGCGCUGGAUGAAGGAGAGUAUCUCUGAUGUUGGUCUGGGAAUGCUGAAAUCUGUUAAAGAAUAUGUGGACCCCAAUAACAUCUUUGGAAACAAAAAUCUUUUAUAAAGCCCUGCACAACAUGGUGUACCGAAACUUCUUCAAAAUUACCAUUGAAAUUCCUCCAUUUUCAUUGUACUGAUAUCCCAGUAAUCAAAUAUAACAUAGCCUAAACUUUGAAACUAGUAUCUCACAUUGAUUUUUGCCAUCCCCUGCUCCCCAAUAAAGUUUAAACAUUGCUGUUAACGUUUAUGGAUUUUUACUUAUAAUGCUCUUAAACAACCCAUUGGGCAUAAAGUACAUUACCAGCCAGGAAAUGCUAAUUUGAUUUUCCAAGUUUGGGUAGGCAACGCAGCUGACAAUAUUUUCAAUGCUGGAUACAGCCAGCUGUUUCUUACUAAAGCAUCCCCCUGCAAGGAGAACAAAGACUGACAACAGUGUUUUCUACAGAAGCAGCUGCUCAACCCAGCCUCUUGCUGAAGGAAAGCAGCUAGGAGACAGAUGAGAUUACACCAAGGAUUACUACUCUGUGCUGAAGCAUUAGGUAUGUAACAGAUUUGUAACCGGCGAAUACUUAAAGCACAAAUGUAGGCUUUGAUCAAAAAAGACGAUGCAAGUCAAACUGUUUCUAAAAAGUCAGCCUCCCACCUUAAUAACUAUUGUAAAAUUGUGAACAAUUGAGCUGUUCUGAGUUGUAUUUGCAUUGCUGGGAUUAUCUUAGAUUAAUUGUAGGUCAGUCAUUGUAAGUUUUUGUACAAUGGACAUUUCUCACUGUAUGUUAAUAACAGGUUUGUAACAAAACUUUGCCUUCAUCUGUACUGCAGUCCUGGUGUGUAUGGUUUUGCUCCUCUUUUUGUUUAUUUUGCAGAAAUGCAAAAUAUCUUUUUCAGUAAAAGAAAAAAAAAAUUUUGGCUAUUCAAGUGAAACUGCCCAGCACUGUCUUUUGAAACAGUCUCAAUGGUUUAAUAAAACUGAAGUGGACAUACUAUCAUUCUGAAAGUGAGGUUUCCCUUUUUAGUUUUGUACAGUUUCCUAUGGCCUUUAUGAAUCAUUUAUCUACUUCACCAGUAGCCGCAACUUUAAUUAUCCAUUUAACUAUAAGAAAAUGAAAUAUUUUCUUGAUCAGUAUGGUAUGCAAGUAAGCAUUUUUACAUCGAAACUUGAAUCUUGAUCAGUUAAACAAACUAAAGUUAUUUGUCAGUACUCAUGAUACAGUUGUGAGGUGGGUUGUUUUCUUAAAGCAUGUGACUAGCCUUUUUGAUAAUUAAUGUAUAUGAUUGCAUAAGAUUUAAAAACAAACGAACACAAAAACAUGGACUGUCCUUUGAGGACACACUCUCUCUAGCCAACUGCUUCACAAUGCUGUUGUGUCAGUUUGGACACCUUUUUUUAUUAGCAUUGCCCUUAAUGAGAUGGAAAAAAAAAAAGAAAGAAGUAUUUCUUGUUUUUAAACUCUUUUAGAAUACUGUUUAAUUAGCUCUUAGUUUUAGUAGUAUACCAAAAAGAAUAGAAGAUGCUCAAAAAGCUGUAUAUCAGACAAAACCUUGAACUUGUUUAAAAAUUAAUUUCAAUUCUGUAGUUAAAAUGAUGAAAACCCAAAGAAUAGUUAAGAAGUCACUUUAAAAUGCAUGCUGUCAAGAUACUUCUCGUGAUCUGCAGGACAUGAAAUAGGCGGUUAAUGCAAUACUUGUAAUGCGGCUAGAUUUCUUUCUGGUGGUCUAUUUCACAACAGUUUGAUACGAUCUGUUCUUCUCAGUUUUUGUUCUUGGCACAGAGUUUGUAUUUCAGCAGCAACCAAAAUAAUAGGUGGAGUCUCUUUCAGGAAACUGACUUUUCACACUGUGGUUUAGUAUUCCUUCAUUUAUGUGUACACAGUGGUGUCUCAGCAGAGUGAAUGUUCAUGCUUAUGCAGGGGAAUUCCUCAUCUCACAUACUGCACAGUGGUGGUUACUUGACCACCACUGGAAUCUUGCCAGUGACUACUAUCACUAACAGACGCCUUUCUACACGUUGGUAAAUAUGAAGGGUGUUUUCUUAUGUCCCUCAAUGAGAUUAUUUGUCUAGCUACUAAUAAUCAGUUUUGAAGGAAAGCGUGUGAAAACUUUUUGUAAAAUGAUGGCACAAACAUAACUAGAAACCCUUGCUUUAUUGAAGUUAUGCAGAUAAAACUUACGCAUGCUUUCUAUUUCUAACCUUUAAGUAGCCACUGGCUGCUGAAGUUAUUCAAAAUGCAGUAAAAAUCUUUACUGCACAUCACUUGUCCUAUGGGAAGGUCAAAUAACAUGUUGUAGGAGUCCUAAGGUUAUAUCAUUGCAUCACAGUGAGGAGAAGAUGAACUACAACUGUAAUGGAUGUUUUUGCUAAUGACCACCUGAUCGCUGUCUUCCUAAAUAUUUUUUUCUAUCUUUGAAACUGACUUUAGGUCAGUGAAAUUACAGCUAAAAUAUGUGUAGUACCAAUAUCUUUAAUUAUUUCACAUUAAAUUCCUGAUGAAAACAGUGAAGCAUUGUACAAGUUUAGGAGGCCAUUUAAAAGAAAUUUUCCCUUUUAGUACUACGUCUUCCACCACUCCUUCUGUAUUCUCUACUUUCUUGAUGAAGACUUGGUUUCCACUAGCUGCAGCCUGUUUGGAGAUGAAGCUUGAUCCAUGCAGAUCAAAAGUGUGUCUUGUUAUACCACAUAACUUUUUCAUUUGGUUAACUAUUUUGGCUACAUGUAAGUUACAAACAGUUUUUAUCAAGAUUGUCAUGACAUCUUGUUAUGCAGCUUUGGUUCCCUUGGAAGGAAGAAAGGUGCUGAGUGAGUAUGGCUUGAGUACCGGAUCUAUUUACAUUGGCUUAGAGCUUUCUGAAAGUUUUGGAGAGAAUAUAAUAAAAGAAAAAAGGGAAAUCUGUUAGAAAUUACCACAGGCUCUACAUGUUUGUCAAAGAAAAAAAUCUCUCUUCUUGACUUUACUUACAGUGCAGUGGUUACAUUAGAGAUGUCAUCUUUGCCUUACAGCUGAGAACAGAGAUCAGGCCAAAUAGUUCUUCCAUAGCAAUGUUAAUUAACUUAAACCAAUUUCGGAGGCAGGGAUACAUUAGCACUGAAAUCCAGAAAACGCAAGUCAUUUCUCCAAUCUUGGAAAUGUGUGUUUAUCAAAGUUGUAAUUCAACUUUUGCAAAUAAAGCCAAACAGUGUUUGUCAUUUUAGUGUGAGAUUAACUGUAAAAUUUUCAGUUGUAAUGUUAAGAGAUAAUAGAAACUUAUAUUAUUAAUAAAAGCAAAAUGGGCCUAAACCAGUAUGUGUUUCUGUGCUGAAGCUAAGCAAAUAUGCUCCCCAAACUUACCAUUUUUGAUUCAUUUUAACUUGGUUCAAGCUGACCUGAGGUGUAUUCAUAGGAAGGUUUGAGCACUUGUAAAGAGAAAUAGGUUAAAUUUAUGACUGUAUGCUAACAGAACUUCUGCUUUUUUCUCCCAUGCAAUGCAAAACACUUGAAAACCUUAAGCCUACAUGGUUCAGAAAUUUGUCUUCCUUGUUUUUCCCAUUUUGAGCAACAAAGCCACCUUCUCCUACUCUAUCAAGAUAAUGCAGGAGCAUACCUUAUCAUACCUUACCUUUUGUGUUUAAACUAUUGCAGUAGAUGCAAUCCUGUUAGUAUGUGCACAUAUGAUUUAAAAGCUACUUGGUAACAGUCUUAGAAUAUGAUUGAAAGAAUGGUAUUUAUGAAGCGUAUGUGAGCAGAAGAUAAGUUUCUGUUAUCUGCAUAGUUGCUCUAAAGCUUUUAUGUCCUUUAAGUUAGAAUGACUGGAAUUACAUCUUGCUUGUCCAGAUGUGGUAUCCUCUGUGCAGGGCAGGCAUGGAUCUGUUGGAGCACAUCCAGGGCAGUACCACAGUAAUGAUCCCAGGGGUUAAACACAUUCCCUACGAAGACAGACAGAUAGCUCUUCAGCCUGGAGACUUAAAGGCUUUCAGAGAAUUAAAGCAUUUCAGUUUCUAAAGGGGGUCUAUAAGAAGGAAGGGGGCAGACUCCUUUUUCAGGGUCUGCUGUGAUAGCUCAAGGGGGAAUGGUUUUUAAACUAAGGGAGGGUAGAUUUUACAAUAAGGGUGGUGAGGCACUGGAACAGGUUGCCUGGAUGUUCUGUCCUUAGAGACAUUCCAGGUCAGGUUGGAUGGGGCUCCAAGAAACCUGAUGGAACUGUAGGUGUCCCUGUUCACUAAGGGGGGUUGGACUAGAUGGCUUUUAAAAGUCCGUCACAAUUCAAACCAUUCUGUGAUCUGUUGAGUUGUAUUGUAUUAAUGUAAAUUCUUCAAUACUUAUUAUUAAAAAAGCCUGCAAGGACCACAGUAUACAGGGAACAGGAGUUUUAAUAGCGAAGUUUAUUUGUAGAACUAUAACAUUCCUUGAUAUUAUCCAAAAUUUCCUGUGUCCUUGCUCACAGGGAAGGGAAAAACUACCUGUCAUGCACACAUUUUAUUUGUAUGUUUCCCAACCGUUAAAGGCAUAAAAACACAGUAAUUCUUAUUUAGAUCUAGAUAGACUUAAUAUGAAGGAGGUCUUACAUACUGAUAUACUUGUCUCUGAAUGACAACUAGAUCCCAUUGGUCACGAAGUUUUGGCUUGCUAGCUGUGUGGUUAUUAAAGGCUCACAGUUUAUGGUUUUGUAGUGCCUCCUCUGACUCACAGUUCAUGUUACCUUUAGGAAAAGCCAUCAGUUUCUGUUAGCUGCUUCCUGCAGAGAGGAAUUGGCAGAUGAUUGCCCUGUUCAUAUUCAGCUUUAAGGUCUGACAUGGUGCUCAAAUAUAGAGGUAGCUGAAGAUUUUCAAAUGUUUGACAUAGCGUAUCUGAAAAACACCAAUUCUGUUAGUGUGAAAUUAACAACUUGGUUUCAAAAGUAUUUGAUAUACAGGUUUUUUUAUUUUUAAAUCUUGCGGUAAUCACCAAUGUUAGUUGCAAUAAUACAGACAUCUACUGAAAUGCUGUGAAAUGUUUCACUUAUGAAUUUGGGGGCUGGGGACUUUGGGAAAAAAAACAAGAAUGGAACUUUUCUAUGGGAAACUUUUAUGUAUGUUUCAUUUGGAUUCAGAAUAAAGCUCUAUUUGUUUCAA